AGACAACUGGGGCGUGCUUGGUGUCAUUGCUGCAUUUGUCUUUUUUAUAAACAACGGCUUAUUUUUUUAUUUGUCACAGAAACACUUUUAAGAAGAUACCCAUUAGCCCAUCCCAUCCAUCCCAUUUCCUCUGCCAUGAACUAAAAUUUUCUGACUUGAAAAAUCUAUUCUUACUGCUGCAGCUUUCAGAGAGGAUUUAUCUUUAACCUUUACUGUUAAUUCAGUGUAUGUUGCAGGCCAUACUGCACCUGUUCUCUUCUGUUCUUUGACCCUUCAUUUUUCUCGGAUUUAUGCCUAUACGCAAGAGAUGGAGCCCCAAGACUCACCUCUCAAGAUUGCCCGUUUUGCAGACUUUGGGAUUGGGCUUACAAAUUUGGGUGAUUCUUGGAACAUGGAGAGUAAUAGGUUGAGUGGAGGAGAAGGGUCACCUCCACUUGGGCUAGGUCUUGAGCUUGGAUGUGGGUCUGGUCAUAGACCAACUGGGUUCAGCAAAUCAUGUGGGUUCACAGUUUUUCAGCUGCAGGAACUACAGCUUCAAUCUCUCAUCUACAAGUACAUGGAAGCUGGACUUCCUGUGCCCCACCAUCUUCUUCUGCCUAUAUGGAAAAGUUUUGCUGGUUCUGUUGGUGGCCUCCAUGGCAAUCCUUAUCAACUCUAUUCUGGCUUUUUGGGUUGCGGACCCUUGCAGUUGGAGUAUAAGAAUGGGCUGGAUCCAGAGCCCGGAAGAUGUAGAAGAACAGAUGGGAAGAAAUGGAGGUGUAGCAAAGAAGCAGUCCCAGAUCACAAGUACUGUGAGAGGCACAUGCACAGAGGGCGGCAGCGUUCAAGAAAGCUUGUGGAAGCUUCUCAAGCUACUACUUCAAGUAUCAGAAGUAGCCGUACUAAUGCUGAUACCAACCUCUCCAUAUCUCUCCAAGUGGAUAGCAGUAGCAGUAGUGGCACCCAUCUCUCUUCUAGCUUCAUCGGUUUCUCUCCAAAGAGUGUUCUGUGAGGGGGUAAUUAAAUCCAAAAGCUGAACCUUCUCUACAGUAUCAAGACUUGUGGACGAUUGCAGGAUUUAAAGAUGACAGAUUUUGGUAGACUUCGUUAAUUAGUAGCUCAAGCCUUAGGAAGGUGUAGAGACUUUGAUUUUGUUUUGAUGUAAUGUUUCAAACGUGAGAGACAUUAAUGGUGUUUGUUGGGUUGCUUGGUGAAAAGGGUGAGAAGCAUGCGCUCCAUCAUCUGAUCUAAACUGGCCUCGAAGCGUGACAAUAGUUAUCUUGGCACUUGCACCCAUUUUUGGUCAGCUGUGGCCUUUUCUAAUUCUGUAGUUGGAAUAAAGGGUAUGGUAGUCAGCAGUGUUGUAUGCCUAUAUGUAGCGUUCAGAUUUACAGUGGGUCCAAAACUAUAAUGCUUCAAACUCCUAUGUCUUCUA